AUGGUCCACGAUCAGAUCGCGAUACCCUUCCGGUAUUCAACACCCGAUACGCCGUCGCCCGCGACAAACAGUCUAGCAAACGCGCUGAGCACUCCGGUCCCGGUAAAACAGCGCGCCCCAGUUUCGCAAAAACCGGUACAACCCAAACAGCAACAGAGCCCUGUGACGCCAAUCAAUCGGCAGGCGCAUACUCACAACAAGGCCCAGUUCGAGAUUGUCCUGCCGACUAAGAGUCAGCUCGAAGCUGCAGCUGCGGCGCUCGAUGAACCCGCUGUCGAUUCAAAAACCGUGGACGCACCCACUUCUAUCCGGCUUGCUGACAUACCACAAUACCCCCAACAACAAGUACCACCGUCAGCAUCGCCUCGUCCGGUCGACGGUGCGGAACAACCGGUCCCGGAUGUGCCAGCGAAGACCCCAUCGUCACAGGCGCCCUCAGCUUCCCAAAAGGCCGCCAUUUCUAUUCAACUUCCCAGCGUAGAUAAGUUCAAUACGGAUGAGUACCUGGUUGUUCAGGAUGAACCUGACGAGCCGAUGAACCCAUUGCUGAAGAAGCAGAAGCGAGAAGACAUCGACGGCGAUGACCUCUACGGAGACAGCCUAGACAUGCGCCAGAGAGCCGAGGCGGCUAUGCACGAAUUAAGGCUCUUUCUACACAAUGCGUUCCAGGCUGAAAGCCACGCCCUCGCGCAGCAAUACGGCAACGAGAUGAUCCUACUCGUCGCGGACAACGAGGCCACCCUCACCGCGGCCGCCCAAUCCAAGGCACAAACCCUUCUCGCGAAGGUUAUUUCGCUGAACUGCUACAAGCGCGUCCCGCUUGACCACCUUCUCCGUCUUCUCCGGCUCUCAGAGGGUGCGCUCAGACAGGUCGAGUCUCUGGAAAUCAAGGUGGACGAGUCGUGGGGCGCCCCUGAAGCCGAACAGUGGUUUCAGCAGCUCCCCCUCCUUGAGAUUGCUAUGCGGGCGGCACGGACGUCAUUGAGGAUGAUGUGCGGUGACCGAGAAGACAAGCAGCUUUACCCGGAAGACGUCAUCGAGCGAUGCCUCAACUUGUGCAAGCGCCUCAUCGACGGCGUCGUCCUACCUAUCGUGGAACUGAGAAGUACUCAGAACACGGCCGAGCUAUUUAGGGCGAUAUCUUCCAGUAAGAAGAAGAUCGUCGCCCUUUUUACGGACUGCCAGAAGCUCUUCUCUCUCAUGUCGACUUUGAUUUCCAAGGUCGACACUUCUGAUACCGUUACCAACACGCUGGAGUUUGCGGCAUCGCGCCUUAUUUUCAUGGAAACUGCCAACGCCGAGAAGGAUUCUGUCAUAGACACACAAAAGUUUGACGGUCUCCGCCUGGUCGCCAUGGACAUGCUUUCGCAAAUUUUCCUGCUGAAUCCCUCCCAACGCCAAGGGAUCUUUGAUGAGAUUCUCACCUCCUUAGAGAAGCUUCCUCUCGGAAGGCGGGCCCGGACGUUCAAGCUCGUUGACGGAAACAGUAUCCAGCCUGUUUCCGCCCUCAUCAUGCGUCUUGUCCAGACGAGUGCUGGGAAAGUGGGCGAGGGCAAAGGCAAGACCCGACGUGGUAUAGUUGCCGAGGAUGAACAAGACGUAAACGGUGAUCGCCAGCAUGCUGCGCAAGAGACCUUCACGAUUCGUGACGAGGACCAUGGCGCUUCGCAACACUCUACCGCUAUUCAGGAGCUUGAUAGCAUUGCGACAUCGCUAUUAGACACCGCCAAAGCCAACGCUUCGUACGUCGUCAAGUUCAUCGUUAACCGAGCGCUCAAGUCCACCAAGUCCGGUGACACACCCUACCGAAAUCUGCUAGAUCUUUUCGUUGAGGACUUCACAACCUGCCUCGACAACCCGGAUUGGCCGGCCUCUGAGCUGCUCCUUCGGCUGCUCAUGGUCAUGAUGGUGAAUUUGGUAGAGAACGACAAAUCGGGUGUUCCAGCCAAGAACAUGGCGCUCGAGCUUCUGGGGAGCAUGGGUGCCGCAAUCUCCAAACUCCGUGGUCACGUCAGGAAGGUUGCAAGUGCCCUGGAUGCUAGGGAUGCAGAUGAACUAGGGAUGUUCCUGUCGGAGCUCGCAGCCUCGGCCCUAGAGCUAAAGUCUCGCCCGGAGCACAUGGUGGCUUGGACCGGCCCCUAUCGAGCCACGCUCGAAUACCUCGAGAGUCGCUUCUCCGAGGACCCACACCUGGCGAGCGCUAUCUCGUUCAUCAUAUCUGACUGGGGCACCAAGGUCUGCCUUUGCUACGACUCCUUCGACGACGAUUUCCGUGAGCGGGAUCAAGAGUUGGGUCGGCUGGCAUACCGCCUUCGGGAGAUGGUCCAGGACCGCCGUUGGUUGUCCAACGAAUAUUCGUUCAGAAAUGUCGGAAUCAGCCAGGCCAAGCUGUCUUACUCGAUCACUCUUCUUCGAUCCCAACUUUGCGAGGCCUUCAGCGGUAUCUUGAACAUCCUCCUGAACUCGAUGGCUAGUGACCAGCCGACUGUGAGGAGCAAGAGCUUGAAGAGCAUUAACCAGGUCCUGGAAACGGAUCCCUCUAUCCUGGAUGGCGACUCGGUGGUUGUGCAGUUGAUUCUCCGGUGCUCUAAUGAUUCGUCCACUCAAGUCCGCGACUCUGCCCUGGGACUCAUCGGCAAGUGCAUCGGCAUGCGACCGGCAUUAGAAGAGCGGAUGACGGAGACUGUGGUGGACAGGUUCUCUGAUGCCGGUCCGGGCGUACGGAAGCGAGCCAUGAAGUUGGCGAAGGACAUUUAUCUUCGUAACAACAACAGGGUCCUCCGCAGCGCGAUCGCUAAUGGCCUGCUCCACCGCGUUCAGGACCCCGAAGAGAGUGUCAGAGACCUUGCUCGCCAAGUGAUUGAGGAGAUAUGGUUUAGCCCCUUUCAUAGCGGCGAAAACUCGACCGCAUCUCAAAUCUCACUCGCCGAACAUGUUUCUCUCAUGGUCCAGACCGUUAAGAGAGGGAGCGUUGCGACCGUCCUCGACAAAGUUCUGCAGACCCUCCUGGCGCCAGAGUCGAAGACAGCGGCGGCAUCCAUGGAGGUGUGCACGAAGCUCGUCGCGAGCAUGUUCGAUCUCGUUGACAACGGCGAUUCCAACGACCCAUCAACUCCAUCUGGCCGUGACGUCCUCCAGGUGCUGAUGAUUUUCGCCAAGGCCGAAGCCAGUCUCUUCACUUUUGAGCAGCUGCGUCUCCUGAAACCGCACAUUACAAGCAUCAGCAGCAGCGAAGACUUGGCUGUCUCCAGGGCAGUGGUGGUUAUCUAUCGCCGUGUCCUCCCACAGCUUUCAAGCGCCCACGCCCAAUUUCUUGCGGACGUGCGCAAGGAGCUGCUGCCCGUUGUCUCCAAGGUUACCCGUGCUUUGCUUGACGACGUCAUGGCAUGCCUGUGGAUCAUCAGCACUCUGCUCGAGACUUCGGAGCACCUUGCCCGGUUAGUGCUGUCCAGCUUGACCGCCAUCCAGAAACUACGCAUCAUGAGCCAGAGAGAUCCUCUUGACCAGCUCAAGACCCGCCAGUUCGACCGGUAUUCGCUUAUCGUGGGUAUGGCCGGGAAGCACUGUAAUCUCGACAGCCAUCUCGAAUUGUUCAAGAAGGGUUUUCCCAAGUGGAACGGAGAUACCGCAUCGAAGCUCAUGGUCGAUGUCGUGGUGCCUUUCGCUGCUCCCACCCAGCCCCUAGACGUCAGGAAAGCAGCGCUCGAUUCGGUUGGCCUAGUCUGCCAGGCAUCGCCGCGGAACUACGUGUCUGCCAAUGUCUACACCACGUUCCAGCAGGUAUUUGACGACCAAGUUCCGGCUCUAGAAUCCAUGAUCCUGCGGUCUCUCAAAGAGUUCCUCUUCACUGAGGAGACGCGAUCCGAGCAAGCGUCCGAGGCCCCUGCUAUCAACGGCUCCAAGUCCGAGAAGAAGCGCGAGCUCACGGUCAUUGGCGGCACUACCUACGACGACGUCGCAAGUGCUACUACUCAUCGGUUCCUAAGAGAAGUGACUCGCAUCGCUACCUCUACACAGGACGACCAUGCCUUCCUCGCCGUGGAGGUACUUGCCAGCAUCAACCGACAAGGUCUGGUGCAUCCGAAGGAGACCGGUGUUACAUUCAUCACUCUCGAGACGUCGUCGAACUCGCGCAUUUCGGAGCUAGCCUUUCUCGAGCACAAGUCUCUCCACGGAAAGCACGAGACAGUUGUCGAGCGCGAGUAUGUCAAGGCGAUACAAUCGGCAUUUGCGUACCAGCGUGAUAUUGUUAAGGACCCGCGUGGCGCUACCGCUAAUCCCUUUACGCCCAAACUUCAUCUCCUCAUGGAGGUGCUCAAGAUCAGCAAGUCCAAAAACCGCCAGAGGUUCCUCGAGAAAUUUUGCACCCAAGUCGAUUUUGACAUCUCCAAGCUCGACAUCUCAGAGGAGAUCCCGCCUCACGUGCAGUACUCCCGUUUCAUCAUCGAGAACCUCGCUUUCUUUGAGUACGUCACCGUUGGCGAGCUACAUUGCAUAGUCUCCGCGAUGGAAAAGCUUGUCACCUCGACCGGCGCCACCAUCGCGCAGGCUAUCGAGUCCGAAGUCUUCCAAGUGCGCAUGGAUGUCGUCGAACCGACUCCCUCCCAGCCACAAACCCAGUCUGAGCUUACCCAAUCCGGCGGGGAAGCACAACCUCCGCCGGAACCUGCGGCCCUCACCCACCCAGAAGUCACCAUCGACCUACCACGACUGCGCCAGCUCACGGCCGGCUCCAUGAUCCUCCUCGCGCUCUGGGAAGUCCGCACCUACCUACGCCGGCUCUACGGCAUGGGCACGACAAACCGCCGCGAGGGCAAGGGCAAGCUGCAGUCCAAGGACCUGUCCAAGGCGCCCAUCAAAGUUCAGGGCAUCACGGGCGAAAAGGUGUGGGAGGAGAUGGCCGCCAUCAUGACGGGGUUCACGGACCGCGGCCGCAUGAUGGCGACGUGCAAGGCGCUGAUCGAGCUGAUGAACGUCGACAAGGAGUUCCUGGUUCCCGCGGAGGAGGACGAGGACCUGGAUGCGGACGCCGAGGCGGAUCCACUGGGCUUGGAGAGUGGGGCCGAGGACGAUGGCAUGGUUGACCAACAGCCUGUCAGUAGGGGCAGGAAGCGCAAGGCUCAGGGGGGCAGCGCAGGCCCUAAGAAGAAGAGGGCGCGGUCGAGCUCGCAGGGGCCUAGGAAGAGGGGGCGGCCGAGGAAACAGAGCGGUGAGGCGUUGCAGCAGCCGCAGGGGUUGUUGCAGGAUGAGGGGGAUGGGGGGUUUGAUGAGGGUAGCUGGUUUUGA